UAAGUAUAAACACUCACACAGCUGGAGCUGCAGAGCACAGAAGGCUGCAGAGGAGUCCCAACGACUUACAGCUUGAACUCAACAAUGUCCUGCUGCUGUUGCUGAAACAAGCAUCAAGAGACGAUGUUCGCUGCUGAAACCAAAGCAAUUAUCAGAUCUGUGGGAGCUGAGAAGAAUCUCAUUUCCAACACCAAUUUAAAUAAACAAAUGGACCUUCUGACUGUAGUUAGAAUCAAGAGGGGUCAUUUCUGGGAAUUUCCUAAGUACAAGAAGAUCGAUUGCACCUUACCUGAUCUCCUGGGUGAGGAGAAGUUUUCACCAGACUCUGAGGAGAAGGUCUUGGUGGAGGAUUUCCAGACUCGGGUAGAAACUGGUGGGAGCGGCAAACUGGAGGGCGGAUAUGAAGGUAAGGCUGAAGUCUCAGUCAGCUCUGACAUUGUGGAUGGUCUGGUUCAGCCCGUUAGCAUCAAGAUAAAGAAAGUCAACCUUACAGCUGUGAGGAGCAAGUUCAGCGGAAGGACAAUUAAUAAACAGACCCUGAAGCUGCUGAAACUGAAGGAAAAAGACAAACUGGCAUUCGUUUAUGAGACAGUUUACAACACUGGACCUGUGACGAUGAUCAGGAAGGGAAAUCAGCAGGGAUGCCUCUCAGCAUCGUUUCAAAAAAUGGCAAAAAUGUGUGUGUCGGUCACUAAGAAGGAAGACACCACCUUCACUGUGCCAGAAAACUCCACCUUCGCUUUCAGCCUGGUGGAGAUCAACCUGGAGGAUGGGGAGAUGGAAAUCCAGUUACAGAGCUGGGAUCACAAACGAGGAGGUCUGACCAGCGACGCCCUAAACUGUGAGAUAAUGGAACAAGUCCGAGACAGGAUUGAGAUGAAGGAAAGUCUUCUGAUGCCGCUUGAAGGUCUUCCUGAGUCGACUCGUGGUGAUCUGCUGAAAAGCCUCAGAGAGGUUCUAAAGGAAGAAGAUGCUCUGAGUGAACUGGAGGAGACACUGGAUCAGAGCAGCAAGGGGUCCUAUGAGUGUCCUCAGUCUGUGGCUGUCUCUUCCUUCAUGGACCUCCUGGACAAGUCCAAGGUGUCCACACAGGUGAAGGAUGCAGUUCUCCUGCUGGUCAGUGCCAUGGAGGCUCUGCCAGAGGAAAUGCUGCGACCUCUAACCUCUUGUGGACCUGAGAUUCUAACAGUCCUCAGCCAGCUGGUGGAAAGCCUGAAGGACGAAGGUGAAGCCUGUCUCCCAGAGUCUCCACCCGUCCCCCUGCAGCAGGAUGGGGAGCUGCACUGGGCAGCUAAGCUGCUCUGCUCCUGUGAUGAGACGCUAACAGAACUAGGUGAGAUUUUGGACCAACCACCUGAGGUUCUGCUGGAGGUUCUGGCUCUGACUGUGUUGGGAGUCCACAUGCUGCAGCCCAGAGAGUAAAGCUGGUUCUACUGAUUAAGGUUUUACAGUGAAGACUUUUUAAAUAAGGCAAAUAUUCAGUUAAUAACGGGCAACUUCCUGUUCAUAU